UCAGAGGAUAAAAGGAACCCCCUGGGCAGAGGUCUUAGGCUAAGCAUGGCUACAGCUGCUCCAACGGUGGAAGAUGUGCAGACUGAAACCCAGGUGCUGGAGGAGUCCCCAAAAGAGAGGAAGUUGCCUCUUGGGGAAGGGCUGGAGAAGCAUCCUUUGGAGAACAGGUGGGCCUUAUGGUUCUUCAAGAAUGACAGGAACAGAGUUUGGCAAGACAAUCUUCACCUAGUUACCAAGUUUGAGACUGUGGAGGACUUCUGGGCGAUCCACAGCCAUAUCAAACUGGCCAGCAAACUGUCCUCAGGCUGUGACUAUGCCCUUUUCAAGGAUGGCAUUGAGCCUAUGUGGGAAGAUAGCAGGAACAAACAUGGUGGCCGAUGGCUGGUCAGCUUGGCCAAGCAACAGCGUCAAAGCAACCUGGAUCGGCUCUGGCUAGAGACGCUUCUUUGUCUGAUUGGGGAGGCCUUUGAGGAGUACAGUGAGGAAGUAUGUGGGGCUGUGCUCAAUGUUCGCACCAAGGGGGACAAGAUAGCCAUCUGGACCAGUGAGGCUGAGAACCAGCCAGCUGUCACCUUUAUUGGACGUGUCUACAAGGAGAGGCUGGGACUCUCUCCGAAGGUCAUUAUUGGCUACCAGGCUCAUGCAGACACAGCCACCAAGAGCAACUCUUUCACCAAGAACAAAUUUGUGGUGUGAGAUCCUAGCACGUACACAGGUUCUUCUUACUCUGGACUAUAGUGGUGUCUUUCCCCCACCACACCCCUCAUUUCACCUGAAUUAAAAAUGAAUAAAAAUCAGUAGGCUGUGGACCAUUGAGUAGUUAGAUCUGAUAUUUUUAGUGGAGAAUCAAAGGGGAAAAUUGUGGAACAAAUGGGCAAAACCCAUUUCCUGCGAGUUUAGGGAAAUUGACAUCCUCUCUCUCUCUCUCUCUCUCUCUCUCUCUCUCUCUCUCUCUCUCUCAGCUGACAUUUAUGUAACACUUGCUAGGUGCUGAGGCUACAAAUAAAAAAGCAAUCCCUGUCCUCAA